CAUUAUAUUGCCAUAUGAAAUAAGACGUGGAAAACACGUGUACUGUUUGUUUUUGCAACGGGAUAUCAGUGAGCCUUCGACAUUCAUCAAUUUUGUCCCUCCAGGCUGACCAUAGUUGUUUGUGACUACUAGCUAGAAGUGUGGUGGUGCAGAAUGGUGCUUUUCCUGUUAGGUUAAAACAAACAAACGUUUAGUUACCAGAGACUCUACUAAAAUAAUCAUUAACGUUAUCGAGUUUGAAGUACGGAAAGGCACCACUUCACGAGAACAGGCUGCUGUCAUUUGCUGUCCCCUCAAUGGGUUUACUGAAUGCAUUAAGAAUUGUCAGAUGCUACCUGAGCCCCUUUCCAACAUCAAAAUCAUGGCUCUCCACCAAAGCCUCCCUGCCGGGGGACAAGAACAUCCUGCUCAUGGGUGCUCCUGGAGCAGGGAAGACCACAGUGGGGAGGAUAGUGGCCCACAGACUAGGACUACCUGUCAUUGACGUUGAUGACGAUGUCUUGGAGACGACAUGGAAGAUGCCCGUGGCUGCCAAGCUGGCAGCAGUUGGCGGAGAGCGUUUCCUGGAGGAAGAAGGCCAGGCUUUGUGUAACUUCUCUGUCUCUGGGUGUGUUGUUUCCCUGACAGGCUCUAACCCUCUUCAUGCUGCAGCAAUGCAACACGUCAAAGAGUCCGGACUGGUCAUCUACCUGGAUGUGGACAGCGAAGACAUCAUACAAAGACUCGCCAAGAUGAAGGUAAACAGGAUAGUGGGCCAGGAGGCAGAGACAUCCAUGAGGGACAUUCUGCGUUACAGGAAACAGUUUUAUGAGAAAUGGCUUGACGUGCGGGUGCUGUGUGGAAGAGGGGACACGGUGGAGGAAGUAGCGGAGAAGGUGCUGACAGCUGUGGAGAGAUAUCAGAACCACGCUGCAGAAACCUAUGUGUCAACCAGGAGUGACAGUGUGGCAUUGUCCAAACAGAAAACAUACUUUAGUGAUGUUGUAAUUGAGGGUCUGGCCACAAAUGGAGGCCUCUAUGUUCCCAGAAAUGGCUUCCCAAACAUUGGUGCUCGUGAAUGGUUGAGACUAGCUGACAUGUCAUACCCAGAACGAGCAUUAGUUUUACUUGAAAAGUGCAUACACCCAUUGGAUAUCUCUGCUUUGGAUCUCAGAACAAUGAUAUUCAAGGCAUAUGGGUCUAACUUUUCUAGUGAGGCAGUAGCACCUGUAAAACAUCUCAUCCACAAUCAGUAUGUUCAGGAGCUCUUUCAUGGCCCCACCGCCUCAUUUAAAGACCUCGCCUUGCAGCUGAUGCCCCAGCUCUUCGCCUACUGCCUCCCACAGAUGUGCAACUACCUCAUUCUUGUAGCUACCUCUGGGGACACAGGAAGUGCAGUGCUCAGUGGCUUCAGCAGUCUCCGUGGCACUGACCUACACAGGACCGGCGUGCUGGUGUUUUUCCCAGAGGAAGGCGUGAGUGAGAUUCAGAAGCUGCAGAUGACGAGCUACAGGGAGGGCAACGCCAGGGCGGUCAGCGUCCUGUCAGACUUUGACUUCUGUCAGAGAACCAUAAAGAGGAUGUUUGGAGAGUGUGGGCUGACCGGGCACCUCGCUGUAGAGUACAGCACAGUCCUCAGCACCGCCAACUCCAUCAACUGGGCGCGGCUGUUGCCACAGGUGGUUUACCAUUCUUCAGCCUAUCUGGAUCUAAUCAGAGACGGUGUUAUCAAGUUCGGUGAGCCCAUUGAUGUUUGCAUCCCUUCUGGUAACUUUGGCAAUGCCAUGUCAGCUGUGUACGCCAAGCAAAUGGGCAUCCCGAUAAGAAAAGUAAUCUGCGCGUCCAACCACAACCGCAUCAUCACGGACUUUAUCACCACAGGCGAGUACGAUCUCCGGGGACGGCCUCUGAUGCUCUCCCACUCCCCGGCUAUAGAUAUCCUGAAAUCCUCCAACCUUGAGAGGCUUAUCUACCACGUCUCAAACGGAGACAGCCGUCUUGUCAAGGAGCUGUUCACACGCUUAGACAGACAGCAGCACUUUCAGGUUCCUGAGCCUCUUCUUGGCAGGAUGCAGCAGGACGUGAUGGCUGGCUGGUGCUCGGAAGACGACUGCUUGGCCGCCAUCCAGAGCGUUCACACACAGACGGGCUACCUCAUGGACACACACACCGCUGUUGCUAAAGUGGUGGCUGAUAGGCUGCAGGACGGUUCGUGCCCCGUGGUGCUUUGUUCCACUGCUCACUACGGGAAAUUUGCUCCCGCUGUGUUCAAAGCCUUACAAAUCCAAAAUGUUCCUGAGGAUCCCCUUGAGCAGCUGAAGAAGCUCGGAUCGACUGCAUCCAGACCUGAAAUACACAGAGACGUGAUGAAAUGCCUGGAGAAAAGCGGCAGGAGGGCACACACCGUUUGUCAGGCUGAGUACAGUGUGUUGGUAGAAGAGGUGGAGAGCAUGAUACGCGACUCCUUCUUGAAAGUUAUGUAGGAUUAUUUUAGCUUUUGUUAAUGUCCACCUCAACUUAACGUUAAUUUAAAUCGGAAUUCAUUAUUUUCAAAAAAAAGUAUAUUUUUCAUAUGUCCUGUUUGUAUCAUGUACUCUUCAUUCUUUCAAUGUAUUUGUAACUUUUUAAAGCAAAUUUAACAAAUAAAAGGAAAAAAAGGUAAAAUCUUGCUAAACAAAGAAAGAAAUGUAAACAGAAAAGAAAUCAAUAACAUAAAAUUCAAUUAAAAAAAAGUACCAGUUAUAAACAGGCACGGUCAUGAAAUUGAUUUUAAAGACAUAAUUUAAAAGGCCAAAUCCUACCUGAGCAUGCAGGAUUGAGUAAAAAUAAAUGAACAUGUUCACUCUGAUUAUACUAUAAUAGAGCCUGAAACUCAAUUUAAAGCGUAUUAAGGCUAUUGAUUAUCUAACACUUCUUUACAUCAUUAUCCAGAGCCCUGGCCCACUAGAUGGGGAUGUCUACCUCUUGGACACUGCUGGAAACACUGGUUGCAAGCAUUGCAGGAACAGUAUGGUAUCGCUGUAGGGGGAAAUGAUGACUAUGGCUAAGUCAGGAGGUCAAAUAAACAAGUAAAAAGUGAUGUAAAAUCAAUAUGUGCUGUCAGGGAGAUAAUCACCUUAAAGUUAAGUGUAUGCUCAUGCAUUGUACUGUGGAAACACAUACGUAUUUGCUGUCUAUUUUCUCAAUAUUCUGUCAAGGUUUGUUGUGUCUUUGAUGAACACGUCUACAUUGUAAGGAUUAUUAACCCUUGUGUUUCCUUCCCGUCGGCCAUGCACUCGUUGUUCUCCGUCUGUCUUGCCCGUUUAUGAAGCAUAAAGUAAUAAUUUAAUACUUAAUUCUGUCUACAUCUUCUUAGCCAACUUCAUUCUAACUUAUUAACUCUAGUUAAACACACAUUUUUGUAAUUCAUGGUCAAUAAACCUCUUAUGUGAAAAUAUACCUAAUUUGAGUUUAAAAAACCCAGAAAUUAUUUUGAUUAAUGGUUAAGAUCAGAGAAACGUAUGUUGAUGGAUGAUCACAGCCUGUUUCGUGUACGUAAGUAUGUUAUUUUUAUGCAGUUUGGUUAAAGAGACCCAUAUUUUUGAUAUAGAAAAUUUGAAAACGGGUCAAAUUUGACCCGAGGAUAACAGCAGGGUUAAACAAAUGUUUUAUUUACCUCAUCCUCUUUUGUAUUACUUCAACUUUUCUCUGCUGAUGUGAGAGUAGCCGAAGGGCUAUUAAAGCUGCAUGGUAGAUCUCACAGUGGCAUUAAAAUACAGCUAAUGAAUUGAUCUCCGCAGUCCGCUAAUUGCUGGGUGAAGCUCAAGCAGCCGGUACAGUCAUCCAAUCAGUGUCCACUGACUCAUUAACUACCUUACUGAAGGUAGGAAGGGAUAUUUUUUCAAACCACACCAUUAUUGUCCUCUCUUUCAUGUGCUUCUCAGCUGCUAACAUCCAGGACCACGCAGUCAUUAAUACGAUUGGUAAAACUGUUUUAUUUUGUCUUGAGAAUAACACAAGGGGAAAUAUUUACAGAUUUAAGUCAAGAGGCAUACUCGCAAGCCUUCUAGCACACCCCAAAUCAUAAUCAUCAGCUUGUGACUUUGGUGUAUCAGGCAGCUUUCUGUAACAGCUCUUGGUCUCCAACUGAAAGACAUUGCUCUUUGCCAGACAUCUGUCAGAAGAAACAUCCUAUAAUACAGUGCAGGGGCGGAGUGGGCCUGAGGGUAUUUCCCCCCCUCCCUUCCAACGUCACACCAUCCAUAACCGGAGAGACCAGAAAUGACUCCUAUCUCUGUGGCUAUCAGUCGAGUCAUUUAAAUCCAGGUGCUGCCUCAGCAGCAGCGGAAAGAGGAGGGCGGAAGAUACGUUUCAUAGAUCUCCAGGAUUGCUUAUGACUGCAGUUGUUAAAAUAGAUAGAAAGUCAGGCCAGAUUUGACAAAGCACCUUGCUUGCAUGCCCUUUGAUCUGGACCACUGUCGCUUUGAGUCUUUGCAAGACUUUAUUUUUAACUGUAAAAGUAACUUAUUUGAGCAACCGGGAGAAUGCAGCUCUGUGGUUUGAAGUGAUCCAUUGCUUUCGACAGUCCAGAGCGCUGGUGUUAGAGAAGGAAAAAGCUGCUCAGGGACAUCAAGAUAAAUUACGAGUAGUUUUUUUGAAUCAGUGCAAUAUUUUACAAUUACCCCUCUGACUAUUAAGUGUAUUUCCAUGCAUACAGGAGUACAGAUCACUUUUUUAUUCAUAUGAAUGAAUGAACAAGCAUAGCACAUGCUCAUACUGUGUACCGGAGGCUUCUUUGAACCAAUUCUGCUUGCUCUUUCUGGCUUCCUCCCCUUUGUGUCUGUGGUUUGCUUCACUGUGAGCAUUGGCCUUAUUAAUCAAGCUGCUUGACAGGUGAAUGCGAGUAAUGGGUGGAGAAAGUGCCUGAAGAGGGAGGAGGUUAGUGUGCAGAUGUGUGUGUGUGUGUGUGUGUGAGAGAGAGAGAGAGAGAAUGGUGAAGGUAAAAGAGAGAGCCAGCUGUUGCUCGGCACCUAGUGGCCCACGGCUGGGUGAGCAAGGAUAAUUGCAGGUACCAGCCUGUUCCCAUCUCCUUAAUGUGAACCUGUGGCAUAAUGGAAACUGCUUUUUCACAGUGGAGGGGAAUAGAAAAGGAGAGAGGAGGAAAUGAACGCAUCGGAGCAGUUUGCAAAGAAUAUCUGGGGAAGCGGGUUGAUUUGAGCCUAUGCUCCAAAGAUCCCUGACUAUACUUUCUUUUCUUUAUGUUAACAAUCCACAAUGUAGUAUUGAGAUUUUGAUAAACAGUAUUUGGCACAGGCAUUACUUCGGUCUACAAAUGUGGUCUUCUGGGGGUUACACUGUAAAAAGGAAUAUUAAAAUAGAUCAUCUUAAUACCAUUUUUGCAGAAGUUAAUUUAUUUAAAAUAUACAUAUUAACAAACUGUAGGUACACCAACUACAUAAAUCUGUGUUGUCCUGUCGACAAAGGCGGAAAAAAACAUUUUAGU